AGAGUAAACAGAGGUCAGCCUUCCAGCCCUGGUAAUGUACAUAUACUGCUCCAUUUCCACACCACUUUGUAUUCCUUUUGCAGUAAGAACCUCAGUAUCUGCUUCAAUGAAAAGGUCCAGUUCCUGACCAGACUUUCUGCAUUCAUUCAGUAAUGCUACAUGGUUGUUUGGCAAGACAAGUAUUAAACAGAGAGACUGGGGUCCAGCCCAGGAUACACGGAGAAGUCACCAGAUAUUCACUAUGGAGAGAAUGUCCUUGAAGGAGAGGAUGGGGGCACAGCUGAUGAAGGAGCUGAACCUGAACCCUAAAACACCAAAAACCACAAAGAAAGCAGUCAAGGGAUUCACUGACUUUAUACACAACAUGGAGACAGAGGAGACCAACAGUUACAAUAACGAAGAAAUGUUGCUGGAGCUAGAGAAGGAGUACAUUGAAGCAGCAAAGAUAAAUGAUGUACAGACCAUGAAGAUUCUGGGAAGGGCAGUCAAGGUUGACGCAAAGAAUUUGCAUGAUCGCACUGCCCUGCACUAUGCAGUUGCUGGAAAAAACAUAGAAGCCGUCCAAGUCCUUCUCCAGCGCAGAGCAAAUAUCAAUCAAGAGGACAAGCAUGGAGUGACAGCCACCCACCUGGCUGCCUGGUUUGGAAGUCUGCCCAUCCUGAAGUUGCUUGUGCAGGGUGGUGCUGAUCAGAAGGUUGAGAAUGCGCUGGGAAUGAACAUCAUGCACUGUGCUGCCAUCAACAACCACACUGACAUAAUGACAUUCAUCAUCUACGACCUGAUGAUGAAAGAGCUGGACAAAGAGGACCUGUCUGGACACAGAGCGUUUGCUUUGGCAGCAGAGCAUGGCUCUGUGGAGAUGCUGCAGAUGCUGAUGGAGGAGGCGUACAAUAUGGCCACCAUGGAGGAAGACCAGAAUGGGAACACACCUCUGCAUUUGGCUGCCGGCAAUGGCCACUUGGAUGUCGUCCAGCUACUACUGAAGAGCUUUGAAACUCGCAAUGAAGUCAAUACGGCUCGGGAGACGGCUCUAUACCUGGCUGCUGGCGCUGCCCAUGAGGACUGCGUCCAGGCUCUGUUGGAGGCAGGCUGUGACCCAAACAUUGUCACCAUGGACCAAAGCAGUGCUCUACACCCUGUCUCAGAGAAGGGCCACACAUUGUUGGUGAGACUUCUCAUAGAGAACUCGGCCCAGGUGGACUUACAAAACCAGCACCUCCAGGCUCCUCUCUACCUGGCAGUGAAGAACUGUCACAUCCCUGUCAUCCACACACUGCUCGAGGCUGGCUGCAACAUCAACGUCACUGAUCACAGGUCCCAGACUGUCCUGCAUGUAGCUGCAGAGCUGGCCAGAGUGGACAUUGUUGAGAUGCUUCUGAAAGCUGGGAUGGACCUUGUCCUCCAAGACAAGCAGGGUAAGACAGCACUGGGUGUGGCAGCCCGAGCAGACGAGGUCAUCAUCGUGGACAUGAUCAUCAAGGCAGAGAGAUAUUUCACAUGGAGGAGGGCCAACACUGAGCUUAAUGAGAACCUUCACAGCCAGACUCCGCUGACGUUUAAAUUAGACCACCGUACGGAGAGCAAACAGACCCGCGGCACCGCCUGGCACCUGGCCUACCGCCUGCUGAAGCCAGGCGACUGGAAGAGGCUGGCGUUCCACUGGCAUUUUACUGAGCAGCAGGUGGCUGCCAUCGAGGAGCAGUGGACAGGGCAGCAGAGCUACCAGGAACAUGGGAACAGGAUGCUGUUGAUCUGGCUUCAUGGGGUAGAGCUGGCCCAAAGGAGUCCUGCUAAAGAGCUGUAUCAGGGCCUGCUUGCCAUAGGCAACAAGACCAUAGCAGAUAAAAUACGAAUGGACACAGAGGAAAGAGACAUGAAGAAAUGCAUCCUUUCAUAAAGGUGGAAAAAAAUGACAUGGACAUAUGUGCAUGCUCAACCAACAAGCAUUUUUUCCCAAAGCAUGCAUGCAUAUAUAUAUGAAUUGGAAGAAAAUGUGCUCAUAGAAUAAUAUAUAUAUAUAUAUACACACAUGUAUG